CGACUCGGUUCGAUCGGUAAGGCAUUCGAGAUAGGCAGUAUUGUCACCAACAACAAGGCGGCAGAUAUUUAUAAGAUUAUUGAAGUCCUUAAACGUAAUGAGAUUUACGCGUUGCAAUAA